CAAAUGGCGGGUCAAUGAAAACAAAACACCCAAACGGGGCGGGAACAGUGUUUUGCUAAAUUUCAAUCUAAUCUAAACUCACCCAAAACCAAAUUUUCAAAUCAGCCCCAAAUCAUCAAUACCUGACGCUCCAAAAUUCGAACCCAAAAUUUUUAACAGCAAAAUUAAUCAAAAGCGCCAAACCACCUGAGAUUUCAAAGCAAAAUUCAACCUGGCGCUCUCAUUUCCCAUCCUCUAUACAAAUCACCUCUCACUCAAACACACACUGCUUUCUCUCUCUCAGAGUCACUCGAAGACCUCAAAGCCUUAGACAAGCGCAAUGGCUUCUUUCACUGUGGCCGAGAAAUGCGCUCCGAUUACGCGCGCCGCGGCGAAGAGGAGGGCGGCGGCGGCCUUGGCCGAGGAGCAGCAGCUGGCGACUAAGAAGCGCGCCGUGCUCGGAGAUCUCACCAACUUUGCAAACGUCGUCGUUUUGGCCUCAAAAAACCCCAAUUCCGAUUCUGCGCUAAAGAAACCCAAACGGAGAGCUGUGCUGGAACGUGACAAUGAUGACCCACGGCUUUGUGGGCCUUAUGCUUCUGAUAUCUAUUCCUAUCUUCGCAGAGUGGAGGUGGAACCAAAAAGGAGGCCAUUGCCUGAUUACAUGGAGAGAAUUCAGAAGGAUGCUAUUAAUGCUAAUAUGAGAGGGGUUCUUGUGGAUUGGUUGGUGGAGGUUGCAGAUGAAUUUAAACUUCUUCCAGACACUCUUCAUCUAUCUAUUUCCUAUGUUGAUAAAUAUUUGUCGAUGAAUGUGAUCAAUAAGCAGAAUCUCCAGCUAUUGGGAGUUGCUUCAAUGUUCAUUGCCUCAAAGUAUGAGGAGAUUAAUCCUCCACAUGUGGAUGACCUUAUAGACAUGACAGAAAAUACAUGCAGUAAAGCAGAGGUGAUCAAGAUGGAGGCUGAUAUCCUCAAAUCCCUCAAAUUUGAAAUGGGGAAUCCUACUGUUCGGACCUUCUUAAGAAAGUUUACGGAUGUUGCUCAAGGGAAUUAUACAACUCCCAAUUUGCAAUUUGAGUUCUUGGUUUCCUACCUUUCAGAGUUAAGCUUGUUGGAUUACAAAUGUGUGAAAUUCCUGCCUUCUAUGGUAGCUUCAUCAGUUGUUUUCCUUGCAAGAUUAAUGAUUAGAUCAAAGAUGAAUCCUUGGUGUUCAACAUUGCAACAAUAUACUGGAUACAUUGCAGCUGAUUUGAAAGAUUGUGUUCUUGUCCUUCAUGACUUGUACUUGGGUAGAAGAGGAGGAUUGUUACAAGUUGUGCGAGAGAAGUACAGACAGCAUGAGUUCAAAUAUGUGGCAAACCUUCCCUGCCCUCCAGAGCUACCAGCUCCUUUGUUUGAUAAUGUGAAGGCAUGAUAGAUGAGAUUAGCAUUUGGGUUUAUGUUGAAGCAAUGAGAAUGGCUGUUGUGGAAGGGCUCUCCGAAUAUGUUGGAAAGAUCUGGCUAAAGGUUUACUGAGUAAUCUCAGUUAUUGGAGGGUUACUUUGAAGGAUGUUGACAGAUGCGGAUGGGGUAUCAACUUCCAUCUGUUUAGGAUGAUCUUGAAGGUUUCCACUCUUCCAUGGAACUCUAUUCCAGGGUAUGGAGUGGCGGUAAAAAAAUGAGCCAACUCAGAGAGGUACCUAUGCAGAUGUAGGGCUCAAUCCAAUUAAGUCCGUAGUGUCUACCAAUUUCACCAUAUCCCCCUUGCCAACUCAAGUUCUCGGGGUUAUGGAAUGGGAUGUAACUCCAGCGUACUCAAAUAGAAAAUGGAUAACCUACGCUGCUAUGUUGCCUUGAUAGAGCUACAAAUGCAACAAUUGAGUUGCAGAGUUGAAGUACUUGCCCUUUUCCAACUGAUACAGCCAGUGGCUCUCCUCAGUCUAGAUUCAAUCCGUGAUUGAACUUAUUGUAGAAUGUUAGUGAUUGUUUAAGCUGUUGGGCAGUGGGGAAUGCACUGCAUGUUUAUGGAUUUGGUAAUGUCACAUUACAUAUAAGUGAGCUGAAUUCAAAUUCACAACUUGCGAGUUGUAUUGUCUUUGUAUCAAGUAUUUUCACUCCAGUGUUCUUAACCUUCCAUUGCCUUGUACAUUAAAUAGAGGGAGGUAGAUUUGUGGUGAUUGGAGUAUCUUCCUACUUGUUUUA